GAAAAGCAGCGGAAAAGAAAGAGAUCGAUUCGGUCGGGUGGGGGAGAGAGAGAUGGAGAGAAAUUUUUACUCUGCUAUGCAGAUUUUCUAUUAUUUUAUAAAGAAGGCGAACGGAUUUAUGAGAAAUUGAUGGCGGAGAAAGGAUGGAAAGGAACAAUUAUAGGUUAUCUCGCGGGUUCUCCUUGUAAGAAUUUACAUUUGGAGUUAAAAAGCAUGGAGAUUAGACCCAAUGGUGGAAAUUCUGGAGAAUACAAUUCCCACGGAAACCUGUCACCGGUUUUUACCUCUCAACUAUGGUGGCAAGGAGGUGAUUCUAAUAUUGGCCAAUUGAAACAGAAGGACAGUUCAAGUGGAAAGAGUGAUGCUACCAAAGACAUACCAAAUGGAAAUUCCCCCCAGGAACAACAGCAAAUGCAACCCAUCUCCGCUUUGUUGCCUCCAAUGAUGCCGGAAUAUAUCAUGCCACACACUCAAUUGGAACUUGGCCAAUCAGUUGCAUGUGCAGCAUAUUCAUUCUCUGAUCCGUAUCAUGGUAUGAUGGCAGCCUACGUGCCUCAAGCUUUGGUGCAUCCUCAAUUUCUUGGAAUGCCACAUGCUCGAAUGCCUUUGCCCUUGGAAAUGGCAGAGGAGCCUGUUUAUGUAAAUGCAAAGCAGUACCAUGGAAUUUUGAGGAGAAGGCAGUCACGUGCCAAGGCCGAACUUGAAAAGAAGACUGUAAAGUCAAGAAAGCCAUAUCUUCACGAAUCUCGUCACCUACAUGCAAUGAGGAGAGCGAGGGGUUGUGGUGGCCGUUUUCUCAACACAAAAAAGAACGAGGCAGAUUCUUCCAACAGUAAUCCUGAGACUGGGCUUGCUUCAGCUUCUGUUUCUUUUGGUUAUGAAUCCCUCCUCUCUGAUACCUCAGCUAAUCCAGAUUCUGCACGCGCAAGGCCUGCUUUGCAAAGUGUGCUGAAACCACAUAAAUACACCAGCAACAGUGAUGGCUAUCAACACAGUUCUGGAUUCCAGUUAUCUCCGUUCCAUCCAAAGCAAGGUGAAAGGAUGGACGAAGGAGAUUUCUCGGGUCAAAGGAGAGCUGAUUUAAUGGCGAACCAGCCCAAGAAGAGGGCUCUGGCUAUCUAAAAUCGAAGAGUCACAGUUCUGGCUUGUCAGGGAGAGAGCUUAGAGUUCACUGGUGAAUACUUUGUUGAAGGCAAUUCAUUCUUGGCUGUCCUCUUUUUCUUUCUUUCUUUCUUUUUUUCCAUGUUCUCAGUCAGGUGAAGGGAAGAGUAGCUGCUGCAUUUUAAUUUUGAUCCAGAAAUUUUAACUUUUAAGCCUUUGAUGGAUAUGAAAACUGUUUCUGGUUGGCUUUCAUAGGCUACAUCUCUGCAGGCGCUCUUCCAUUAGUAUGAAUCUCUAAUCUCUAAAGUUCAUGUCUUGCUAUUUUUUUUUCCUUUUGAGAGUUCUCUGAAGUUGUAAUCGUUGAUGGUUUGGAAACACUUCGCACUGCUUAAGAGGUCAAUGUUCUUUAAUUUGUUGAAGGGACAUUUCUUUGCAGGAAAGCAGUGUUGUACUAUCUUUGUAUUACUUCAUAUCUGUAAUUUGUGAUUUUCUCUAAAAUUUUGAGUUCAUUCGGAA